CGCCGCGCUGCCCGCUGCCGCGGCGGAGGCGGCGGCGGCGGCGGAGCAGGAGGAGGAGGAGGAGGGCGGGGGGCAGCGGCAGGGGCGGCUUCUCCCGCGGCCCCCCGCAUGAGGAGAGGCGUUAAAUAGCGCCGAGCGCCGCGCGGCCGGGGACAGCCAGCUCGGUGGCGGCGCCGGGGCCGCCGCCGGCCGAGGAAACAUGGCGAGCGACUCCCCGGCGCGGAGCCUCGACGAGAUCGACCUCUCGGCGCUGCGGGAUCCUGCAGGAAUCUUUGAACUGGUGGAGCUUGUUGGCAAUGGCACAUAUGGGCAGGUUUAUAAGGGUCGUCAUGUUAAAACAGGACAGCUUGCUGCUAUUAAGGUUAUGGACGUCACCGGGGAUGAAGAGGAGGAGAUCAAACAAGAAAUUAACAUGCUGAAGAAAUAUUCUCAUCACCGAAAUAUUGCUACAUAUUAUGGUGCUUUUAUUAAAAAGAACCCACCGGGAAUGGAUGAUCAGCUCUGGCUGGUGAUGGAGUUUUGUGGUGCUGGCUCCGUCACCGACCUGAUCAAGAACACGAAAGGGAAUACUUUGAAGGAGGAGUGGAUCGCCUACAUCUGCAGAGAGAUUUUACGGGGUUUGAGUCAUCUACACCAGCACAAAGUAAUUCAUCGAGACAUCAAGGGACAGAAUGUAUUGCUGACGGAAAAUGCAGAAGUUAAACUAGUGGACUUUGGUGUCAGUGCCCAGCUGGACAGAACAGUAGGCAGAAGAAAUACCUUCAUUGGGACUCCUUACUGGAUGGCACCUGAGGUCAUUGCUUGUGAUGAAAAUCCUGAUGCCACUUACGACUUUAAGAGUGACUUGUGGUCUUUGGGGAUAACAGCCAUAGAGAUGGCAGAAGGCGCUCCCCCUCUCUGUGACAUGCAUCCCAUGAGAGCCCUGUUCCUCAUCCCCCGCAACCCAGCCCCAAGACUGAAAUCAAAGAAGUGGUCUAAGAAGUUUCAGUCCUUCAUUGAGAGCUGCCUAGUGAAGAACCACAGCCAGAGACCGACGACAGAGCAGCUGAUGAAGCAUCCCUUCAUCCGAGACCAGCCUAACGAAAGGCAGGUUCGCAUCCAGCUCAAGGACCACAUCGACAGGACUAAGAAGAAGCGGGGCGAGAAAGAUGAGACAGAGUACGAGUACAGUGGAAGUGAGGAGGAGGAGGAGGAGAAUGACUCUGGAGAGCCCAGCUCCAUCUUGAACCUGCCCGGAGAGUCGACGCUGCGACGGGAUUUCCUGAGGCUGCAGCUGGCGAACAAGGAGCGCUCGGAGGCCCUGCGACGGCAGCAGCUGGAGCAGCAGCAGCGCGAGAACGAGGAGCACAAGCGGCAGUUGCUGGCAGAGCGGCAGAAGAGGAUCGAGGAGCAGAAGGAGCAGAGGCGAAGGCUGGAGGAGCAACAGAGGCGAGAGAAGGAGAUGCGGAAGCAGCAGGAGAGAGAGCAGCGGCGGCACUACGAGGAGCAGAUGCGCAGGGAGGAGGAGCGGAGACGUGCUGAGCACGAGCAGGAGUACAUCAGGCGACAGUUAGAGGAGGAGCAGAGACAGUUAGAGAUCCUGCAGCAGCAGUUGUUGCAGGAGCAAGCGCUACUUCUGGAGUAUAAGCGCAAGCAGUUGGAGGAGCAGCGUCAAGCAGAGAGGCUGCAGCGGCAGCUCCAGCAGGAGCGCGAUUACCUGGUCUCCCUGCAGCAGCAGCAGCAGCAGCAGCGGCAGGACCAGAGGCCAGCGGAGAAGAAACCACUCUACCAUUACAAGGAAGGGAUAAAUGCCAGUGAGAAGCCAGCAUGGGCCAAGGAGGUGGAGGAGCGCUCCCGACUCAACCGUCAGAGCUCGCCGGCGAUGCCUCACAAGGUGGCCAACAGGAUUUCUGACCCCAACCUGCCUCCUCGCUCCGAGUCCUUCAGCAUUAGCGGUGUGCAGCCAGCCCGGACCCCACCCCUGCUCAGACCCGUGGACCCGCAGAUUCCACAUCUGGUCACUGUGAAAUCCCAAGGAAGCUCCUUGUCUGGCUCUCAGUCCCUGCAUGAACAGCCCACCAAGGGGAUGGCUGGGUUUCAGGAGGCUCUGACGGUGGCCUCUCACCGCCCUGAGAUGCCAAGGCAGAACUCGGACCCCACCUCAGAAAACCCUCCUCUGCCCCCUCGCAUUGAAAAGUUUGACCGAAGUUCUUGGUUACGGCAGGAGGAAGACAUCCCGCCAAAGGUGCCUCAACGAACCACUUCCAUAUCCCCCGCUCUGGCAAGGAAGAACUCCCCGGGCAAUGGCAGCGCACUAGGACCCCGACUGGGAUCCCAGCCAAUUCGUGCAAGCAACCCGGACCUGAGGCGGACGGAGCCCAUCAUCGAGAGUCCGCUGCAGCGCACCAGCAGCGGCAGCUCCUCCAGCUCCAGCACACCCAGCUCCCAGCCCAGCUCCCAGGGGGGAUCCCAGCCCAGCUCCCAGGCAGGCUCCAGCGAGCGCAACAGAGUUAGAGGAACCGUCAAACCAGAGGGGUCACCUGUGCUCCCCCACGAGCCCGCUAAGAUAAAACAGGAAGACAACAGAGACGUGACACGACCAAGCCGACCUGCUGAUCUGACGGCCUUAGCCAAAGAGUUAAGGGAGCUGCGCAUCGAGGAGACCAAUCGCCCUCUGAAGAAGGUGACUGACUACUCCUCCUCCAGCGAGGAGUCAGAGAGCAGUGAGGAAGAAGAGGAGGAUGGUGAAAAUGAGACGCACGAUGGGACUGUGCCUGUCAGCGACAUCCCAAGGCUGAUACCCACAGGAAUUCCUGGAAGCAAUGAGCCGUACAACCUGGGAAUGGUGACAACACAUGGUCUGGAGACAUCCCAUGCAGAUACGUUUAGCAAUAUUUCAAGGGAAGGGACUUUAAUGGUGAGGGAGACUUCUGGUGAAAAAAAGCGUUCAGGCCACGCAGCCAGCAAUGGCUUUGCAGGCCACAUCAAUCUGCCUGAUCUGGUGCAGCAGAGCCACUCGCCUGCGGGCACACCGACCGAGGCCCUGGGCCGAGGCUCCACGCAUGCGCAAGACAUGGACUCGGUGCCUGAAUAUGGUAUGGGAAGUAGCACCAAAGCGUCUUUCACGCCAUUUGUGGACACCAGAGUGUAUCAGACCUCACCUACUGAUGAAGAUGAAGAUGAAGAUGAAGAAUCAUCUGCUACUGCACUGUUUACCAGUGAACUGCUCAGACAAGAGCAGGCCAAGCUGAACGAAGCACGGAAGAUCUCCGUGGUGAACGUGAACCCCACCAACAUCCGCCCCCACAGCGAUACCCCCGAGAUCCGGAAGUACAAGAAGCGCUUCAACUCAGAAAUACUCUGUGCUGCUCUAUGGGGUGUAAAUCUCCUGGUGGGCACAGAAAACGGCCUGAUGCUAUUGGAUCGAAGUGGACAAGGGAAGGUCUACAACCUGAUCAACAGACGGCGAUUUCAACAGAUGGACGUACUAGAGGGCCUUAAUGUCCUCGUGACGAUAUCAGGAAAGAAGAACAAGCUGCGAGUGUACUAUCUCUCCUGGUUAAGAAACAGGAUUUUGCACAAUGACCCUGAAGUAGAGAAGAAGCAGGGCUGGAUUACGGUUGGAGACUUGGAGGGCUGCAUCCACUACAAAGUUGUGAAAUAUGAAAGAAUCAAGUUCUUGGUGAUUGCCUUAAAGAAUGCUGUAGAGAUAUAUGCUUGGGCUCCUAAACCAUAUCACAAGUUUAUGGCAUUUAAGUCUUUUGCAGAUCUCCAGCACAAACCAUUGCUUGUGGAUCUCACUGUAGAAGAGGGUCAGAGACUCAAGGUUAUCUUUGGAUCACACACUGGUUUCCAUGUGAUUGAUGUAGAUUCUGGGAACUCUUAUGAUAUCUAUAUACCAUCUCACAUUCAGGGCAAUAUUACUCCUCACGCCAUUGUCAUCCUGCCUAAAACAGACGGGAUGGAGAUGCUUGUGUGCUAUGAGGAUGAAGGUGUAUAUGUGAACACCUAUGGACGGAUAACUAAAGAUGUGGUGCUCCAGUGGGGAGAAAUGCCUACUUCUGUGGCCUACAUUCAUUCCAAUCAAAUAAUGGGCUGGGGAGAGAAAGCUAUUGAAAUCCGGUCAGUGGAGACGGGACAUUUGGAUGGAGUAUUUAUGCACAAGCGAGCUCAAAGGUUAAAGUUUCUAUGUGAAAGAAAUGAUAAGGUGUUUUUUGCGUCAGUGAGAUCCGGAGGAAGCAGCCAAGUGUUUUUCAUGACGCUCAACAGAAACUCCAUGAUGAACUGGUAACAGGAGAGCACGGGACGCUUACUGUCAUGGCAUUAUUUCUAAUUUAAAGGACAUUGAACACGUGGACUGAGGCCGCCGCCGCGGCAGAUGCAGGAGGACCCUGCGCUGCCGCCCCGUCCCGCGCCACCGCCGCCGCCCCGGGCAGAGGGGCCCGCGGGAGCGCGGCCCUGGCCAGCGUCCGCGCUCGGGCCUCGGGAGACUGGCCUCCCCGGGGCUCCUGAUUAAGCUGUGUUAUAGUGGGUUAUUAAUUUUUCUUUCCUUUUUUCUUUCUUUUUUCUUUUUUCUUUUUUAAUUUUACUUUUUUCUUUGUCCCCUGCUUUGUAAGAACGGGGAAAGAAACCGUGUCAAAGAGUCUGUUUUUAAUUCUGUCUGCCUGCUAGCAUCAAAUAUUAUAGUAUGUUGUAAAGUUACCAAUUAAAUCUGGUGAGAGACAGCACAAUAAAUGUACCUUUUAUCUUUGUGAUGAAGGCCAUAACCGUAUUUAGCUGGGUAAUUUUAGAAAUCUUUUGCCUUCACCAACAUUUGGAUGUUGCUCUUGGCAGCAACAGCCGGACGGAUUUUUAAAGGAGAGAGAAAUAACAGGUGGGCUCUUUUUUUCCCCUCUUCUGGGAAAUGGAUUUUAAAUGGCUAAACUACUAGCCUUAGACUAAUAAAAGUCAGCUACCGUACUUGUCAGUCUGUCAAUCCAUAUUUCUAUAUGGAUCCUCACGUGAGGGCGAGUCGCGGCGGUGCCGGCGGGCGAGGGGCCGGGGGCAAGGGGACGCCAUGGCCUCGCCGCCGUCGUGCUGCGCCGCAGCCGCCACCAUCGCGCGCCGCGUUGGGGCCCCGCGCCGGCACCCGGCCCACACGGUGCGGGAAGGCGCCUCGCCGGAUCAGGCUUGUAAAGAGCUUAAAAAAUAUAUAUAUUACGUGGUUUCUUCGGCCGAGGGUCUCGAUCGGUACUCGUUUCCUGCCCCCCCACCCCACCCCACCUCUGCAAAUUUCCCAACAUACGGUGAGAAACGACAUCUGUGCCGAAAUGUGUAUGUAUUUAGUUCAGGUUGAAUUGUGUCCUUAUAAACUCUGCUCAGUUGGUUUAAACCUUCAGCGCGUAUCUGGGAUUUUUCUUUUCUCAGUAGCUACAAGCAUGGCUGCCUGUGGUAUUAGGGUGUCGCAUAACGAGAUCUGUGUUGCUGGUUUUUAACCUACCUCGUUUUGUUUGUUUGUUUGUUUGUUUUGUUUGGCUGUUUAUCACAGCGCUGUUACCUCCAGCGACAUAUAGAGAGCUUAACUGGCAAUCUCGGUGUACUCAGCAACGAUGGCUUUAUUAAAAAAUAAUUUUAAAAAAUCAACAGCAGUUGGUCAAACUUGAAUCUUUUGUGAUCCGCAAGAAAACCGGCUGCUCAGUCGCCAGGCUGGCGCCGCGGUAUCAGGCCCUCCUGCCCCGGGGGCUGGCGCCACUCGCCCUGGCCGCCAUCUUCUCCCCCCCGCUACCGCCUGGCCGCCAUCUUCUCCACCAGCCGCCAUCUCCCGCCCCUGCCAGCACUUCAUGAGGCCACAAAAUGGCGUUGCACCGGUGGCGCCAGGGUCUCCCUCGCAGGAUUGCCACCAGCUCUUUAUAUUCUCACUGCGGUUACCUUAAACCGGAGCUUGUUAUUGAGUUCAUGUUGCAAACUGGUAACUCUUCUCUCCUUUUCUUUUUCUUUCCCCCUGAAGUGACGAGUUCAGAAUACACAGCUUUAAAUGAUCUUUUUUUUUUUUUAUUGUGGGGUUUUGGGGUACAGUUAUGGAAUAAAAGGGAAUCAUUGUGUUUAAACAUAAGGUAGUAUGUGAAUGUAUUUUUUAAAAACCAUGGAGUUGUUUGAAGCAAAGUCAUAAGAAACCAGUAUUAAUGCGGUCUUGUUUACAGCUUAUGUACAUGAACAUAACAUAGAUCAAACGCAUUUCUGGUGCCAACUACAAUAAAACACAAAACUUCAACAUGAAGCCAUGCCUUCUCUAUAUUUGUGCUGACCGUUCCUGGGACGUUAACCGCCAGCUCCUCCAUCUUCCCCCUGAGCCCGCAGGCUCCUCCAAAACCCUCAGCCAGCGGCAGCUUCCACCCUUUGGCAAGAUGCGAACACUGCUGUAAAGACACACAUUUCCCUACAAAUGUGUCUGCCUUUGAUUUGCUUAUCUUUCGUUGUAAAAAAAGCCCAUCUGGUCCUUGGCCGAUUGAUGCUCUCGGAAAUGACUUAAUUGUAGUGUUUAAAGAAAUAAAAGCUGUGGCUCCUUUCAAAA